UUAGCUGGGAUAAGCAGAAAAGAGAUUAACAAGAUUAUUCGAGUACUGGGAGGAACAUCAGAAUCUGACAUUCCUUUACUGAAAGAAGCAAAAUUACUGAGACUACAAAAUGUCCAAGAUAUGUUGACGACAGCAAGUAUGCGCACUCGUACUACACAACACAUGACAACAACUGUGAGUUCGAGGAAUCGACGACAAGCUGAAACUCCACCAUCAUCGAGUGGUGAUUCUAGCGAACCAUCAACAGGCGUAUUUACAACGAUAGCAACAUCUACUGAAAAUGCAACACUGGCACUUGCAAAGAAAUACCCAGAUCAAAAAGACUAUUUUGGAAGUGGAGAGCAGGAUCCAGAAUGCUCAUGGUUUAACGAUGGUAAAGUAGUUGAAACGUCAGGCGAUGAAGUUUGCAACAGGGACAAAGCAUUCUUUUGUGAAAGACCAAAGAUUGAUCUUUUUGAACCUUCCCGCAUCACUGAUUUGAAAGUCAAAGUUACUGAAGAUCUCAAUAUUGUUCGACUUGUAUGGACGGCCACAGGCGAUGACAAGACUAAUGGAAGAGCGAAAGAGUAUGAAAUACGCAAUCUUAGAACGAAGCGAGCUCGAAAGCUUGCAAGGAAUUUCAAAGACGGUGAAUUAUUGAGCUUCGCUGCAAUAUUAAAUGGAAGUGUCGAUGUUGCCAAAAUCUCGGGAGAACGUGAAGAAUUAGUCGUCAAUUUAACAGAAAUUACAGGUUGCCCACCACAUGCUGCACUGGACCUAAUAAUUCUCCUACCUCGCCGAAUACUUUCUCCGAGUUCCACAUCACGAAUCGAAAAAGAAUCAACUUUGGAUUUAUUCAGAACUUUAUUUUCCAUCUUCAAAAUCAGUACAUAUGAAGUACAAGUGAGCGUUGUUGCUAUACAAGAUCAACUUGGGAGAGUUCUUCUGCGUGAUUCUACUAGUGCCAAUGAAGUUCUGAACAGUAUUAGGCAGGGAUUAGAACAAGACAACAGACUCAGACAGGAAGUCAGAUACCAUGACACUGUAAAAAUAUUAGAAGAUAUGAAAUCAAGGGGAAGAUCGAUCACACCAAAAUUUUAUUAUCUAUAA